GUGCAGCAACUCCACCCAUUCCAACCUUCCCCCCCGCUUCUCCAGCUCCGUCACGAGCUGGAGAAGUAUCCCAACGUGGAGGAGACUGUCUGGACUCAGGAUGAGCCCCUCAACGCCGGUGCUUGGGCUUUUGUCCAACCCGGCAUGGAGACAAUCCUCAGACAGUCUUCAAAACACUCGGACAAGCAAAUC